CUUGGCACUUUAUUAAUAUGACUUAGGGGCCGGUUCCACAAACACGGUUUAUUGUUUAAACUCGGUUUAUCUCCGCUAUGAGCCAAUCAGAAAUUUGUAUCUUGAAGACAAAAGAAGUUUAAACGAUAAACCGUGUUUGUCGAACCGGCCCUUACCUGUUUGCCGAAGCACGUUUACUGGGUGCGUUACGGAGCAUCCCACGAUUUUUGCUACUUUACCUACUGCCAAUUUCUGUUCCAAUAAUGUCUCGGGAAACUUGAGAGUAACGGUACGUGGAACAAGUGUACUUUACCUUUGAAUCCAACGCUCGGCAAAGCGACGACUGUAUGUUAGAUCUGGAUUGACAUGAGAAAAUUAUAUGUACGGAGGGUAUAGCACGGCUUGGGGUUCUUUUCUGGAUACAACUGACAGGCAUUAUUUUGGGGUUCUUAACGGUUGCAUUACUGCGAUCCAUCUUGACUGUGAAAUUUACUACGCGAAAUGGGCAAUUUAUUGGAACGCGGCGACAGCCUGACGACCAAAGAAUAAUAGGGAACAGGGAAAUGAGACUCCUAGUACGGGAAGCAAGAAGACGCCGUGAGGGAACCGGGCUGAAUAGACGCGCGGCCGUUCGUGCCAGACGCUAAGGAAUCGGGAGGCUUCGGGAGAGAUCGGUAACGUUCGGCCCGAGCGCUCUACGAGGCGAACUGUCGUUGGGAUUAGUAGGCGACUAGAGCGGAGCUGGAUUCGAUUGACAUCGAGUUGUUGACGUAAUUUUUGUUUUCCUUUCGUAUAUCUAUAGAGUAUCUAGUAAUUUCGGUGACGUAUCGCGUCCUUGUCGUUGACUCUUAGAAUAAGUUACGUACGAAAGCUGAGUCUUGUUGUGGUUAGAAAAAAAAGUGCGUGAGACAAAAAGUUGAUGGAAUCAUUUUAAAAGUACUUCCCCAUUAUCGGGGCACACGUGUUUGACGUCAAAGCUCCGCAUGACGUCAUAAUGAUGAUGUCAAACUCGUACGUGGCUUAUUUGUAAAGGCUUAAUGACUUUUUGUCUACACUUUUACUUCGCUUAGCCCAUGGCCAGGAAACGGGAGACAAAAAUAAUUUCCGAACGUUAUGCCGUGCUGUUACAUGCCGCGCGCCUGGAUUGCGUAACGUUUACGAGAGUGCACAUUUAAUGAACACGUGAAGCGAUUCUCUUGAAACACUUUUUCGUUGGCAUUUUUAAUGGUGAGGUUGACAUACUUUUUUGAUGGAAUUUUCUAAAUCCUUUUUCUUUAAUUUUUCGUACGCCUCUUAAAUGCUUUGGUAAAUCGACUGAAUGUUUUGGUGGGAUUAAUUAAUUUUUUACGAGCUUCUCGUUCGAUGUAUUUUUGAUGCCCUGUAGAAUGGUGAAUCUGUAAGGGGAAAAAAGAGUAAGUGGACCGAUUGCUGGGAAUGAAAUUUAACACUAGGAAGAUAGGAGUCAUUGUAACGAGGAUAGCGCAAUAAUAAGCAGGAUGCACACGCUGCCGUCCUACUCGAAUUACACGAGGAAGUUGCAUCUAAUUGCAUUAUCUUAAUUAGUUCUCUGGAUUUAAAAAUUCUUCUCUCGCCACUUGUAAUAUUUUUAUCACGACCCAGUUUGGCCGUUAUUUUGAUACUUGUUUGUUUUUACUGUCAACGGAAGUCAUAGCAAUCACGACAGUUUGAGAAAUUCACUUGUCAUUCGAAUUGCUGACUGAUAGUUUACUUAGCUCCUAUUCAAUGUGUCUCACAGUUGGCAAGUUAGUUACUCAUUGAAUUUCACCAGAUUAUUGGUUUGAAUUACGUAUCGAACUGUUUCCGAACUAGUCCCAGGGAUAAAUGGCGGAUUCCUGGCACUUGUCCGGCUGACGGCCGACCUGCUUUUCACAAGAAAUCCCUAUCAAUUUAGACGAUUUCAAGUUAGCCAGUUUGCUAGCCGCUCGAGCAACUGACGUUUGUGUUGGUUACUGAGAAGACAUAUUUCCGAGGGGCAAUCUUCGCAUGACUUCGAACGUAAAAGAGUCCCCUAGACUUCAGAUUCAACUCGUGGUUCAAUUUACUAUGUAUUACGCAAUACAUUGAAAAAAAAAAACACAAUACGAGAAUAAUUCUUUGAUAUGGUGCAUAGAAAAAAAAAAAAAAAAAAAAAAAAGAAAAAAUUGGAAAUCGAAAAUUUCUUAAUUCCACGAUUGACACUGGAUAACGAGAGUACAGGAAAUCUUUUCCGUUGCUGAGUAUUAAAUGAAAAUUUUUAAUUUUCCUAAAACACCGACCACAUGCUGCACCGGAUACAUAACUACACACUAGGAUUCCUGGUUAUACGGACGAUACUUGCCACGUAUAUCUGUAUGUAUUCACAGAGUAUGUGACCCACUUUCCGCAAUAUCACUCUGGUUACUUCCCCGUGUAUCCAUUCGCGCGGAAAAAUAGAACCAUGUCGCGGUUUUGCCACGCGGAUGGAUGACAAGUUUCAGGAACAAAAUUUUUUUAGUUUUUGAAAAUUUUUUCAAAACCUUACUGUAGACAUAAAUCACUAAAGGGGUUCAUGGAAUUGACGCGAGAUAAAGGGAUUGAUCGGGUAACAAGAUUUUUUCUGAACCUCCAGCCAGCAGAGUACAAGAUCAAUCGCAACCGCCUGGACAUUUAUCUACACGAUACCGUAUAAGGAUUUACUACCGGAAGUGUGUUCCCUAAAAAGCUAUAAAGGUAUAUCAAAGAUACGUGUUAAUUUGAAUCGCGUCGUAUUUUAAACACAGUCGAGAAUCAGGAGUGGAACGUAUAUGCGGUAAUACAUGGUCUAAUAUAAAUAGCUGAUCGUUCUUCAUAGAUAUAUGUAUGUAGAUUUCCGUGGGACUUCCGGCUGGGAAUUUAAAUGUACAUAUAAAUCAGAAGUGCGCUGCGCGCGAGACUUUGCUAACUCAGCUGUGGUAAAAUUUUUUAUUUCUCUAUCCGACAAUAAUCGUGUACAGUAUUGAGCAUGUACUUUUCUUCAUACUUCACAUGUAAACUUCAUCGUGAAUUGUACUUACUUGUUACUGUACUGUCAAUACUUGUACUGUCUUAUGUUAUACUAUAUCUAUAUCUGCAAACGGUCCGAUUGGUUCACUCAGCGAAUUAUGGAAUUCCCCCAAGUUCGCCGAAGAACUUUGCCAAGGAAUUGAAAGACCUAUAUCCGUAGAGUCAGGUGCGAAAGCAGCCUGGCGUUACAGCCGAAAAUAAAAGAGAAAAGGUACCCAAGGGAUGAAGGAUAACGAGUAAAAAAUAAAGGACGCGAAAAAACGUAACUUCAGCUUUGAGAAUACGCUGAUACGACUCACGAAAGUCAGCUGACUUGAAUCUUUAUGUGAUUCAGCUACUAGCAUGAUGUAAUAACUUGCUGACUCCUCAGCAUGUCAUCUUAUAUAUAUAUAUAUAUAUUCGUUAGAAUAUCGAAGAAUCACAUGACUGUCAUAGACUUCCGGUCUGCUUUGUAUUGUUGUAACGUAUGAGUACGCCAGUUAAUGUGAGUGCUUCUGGUGUGCAUGUGUAUGUGUAUGUGUGUGGAUAGGCCCCAUUCCGAAUACACCUAUUAGGAGUCGUUCGAUUCCCACCUAAUCAAAUCGAAAUAAUACCGGUCAAACGAAUUGUCGUCCCUUUCACGAAAUAACCAGCGAGCGAGUAAGAUGUGUCUCCGAACAAUACACUAGAUAGUACGCUCUGGGUGAUAGGGCCCUGAUAUACAUAGCAUCAUCGACAUUAGAAAUAUUUCGUUAAACAUUUGAGGAACGGGGAUCGGACACGGCGACAAUUCGAAUAGACCACACCGUAGGAACCAAGUAUAAACUCCAAUUCAACAAAGAAUCAACUACAAUUCAGCAAAACAUAACUACCAAUCAUCUCCAUCGAAAUCAUCGGCUAGAUCAAUAAUAGAUAGUCGAUGACUGGUACCACAUGGAACACCGUUCAAUCGUAAAAAGAUCAACAGAACCGCACCACGAAAUCCACCAGAGGCUCGUAGGAGAUUCAAGAGUUCGGCGUGCCGAGCAGCAAAGGGCCAAGUCCCGAACUAAAAGGGACUUGAUUAUCAAACGAGGACACUCUGGCCCACGAAUCAUCCUCAACGAUGAACGAUGGCCUCAGAUGUGGUAUUUGAAUCGUGGAAACGGCCUAGACAUGAAUGUACAGGGUGCUUGGACUGAAGGUAUCACCGGAAGUGGAGUAGUAGUAACAAUACUGGAUGACGGUUUAGAAAAAGAUCAUCCGGAUCUCACUAGAAAUUACGAUCCCCAAGCAAGCUACGACGUCAACAGUCACGACGAGGAUCCUAUGCCACGGUACGAUGAGGCCGAUAGUAAUCGACACGGUACCAGAUGCGCUGGUGAAGUAGCUGCAACUGCGAAUAACAGUAAUUGCGCGGUAGGAGUUGCAUUCGGUGCAGGAGUCGGAGGCGUCCGGAUGCUCGACGGUGACGUCACUGAUGCAGUCGAAGCCAGAUCCCUUAGCCUUAAUCCACAGCAUAUAGAUAUAUAUAGCGCAUCCUGGGGUCCCGACGACGAUGGGAAAACUGUCGACGGACCAGGUGAACUGGCGACCAGAGCCUUCGUCGAGGGAAUCACUAAGGGACGCAAAGGGAAAGGCUCAAUUUUUGUAUGGGCUUCCGGCAAUGGCGGCCGGGAUCACGAUAAUUGCAACUGCGACGGAUACACGAACAGCAUAUGGACCUUGUCCAUCAGUAGUGCAACGGAAAACGGUCUGGUACCCUGGUACAGCGAAGCCUGUUCCUCGACCUUAGCCACGACUUACAGUUCAGGCUCGACCGGCGAAAAGCAAGUAGUCACUACUGAUCUGCACCAACGGUGCACCAGCAGCCACACGGGGACCUCCGCUUCAGCGCCAUUAGCCGCUGGAAUUUGUGCACUUGCGUUGGAGGCAAAUCGCGACCUCACUUGGCGAGAUAUGCAACACAUCGUGGUGCGCACUGCAAGACCAGCCAACCUCAAAGCGACCGAUUGGGUCGUGAACGGAGUUGGUAGAAACGUGAGCCACAGUUUUGGUUAUGGUCUCAUGGAUGCCAGUGCCAUGGUACGUCUAGCGAGGAGAUGGCGAACAGUUCCAGAGCAGCACAAGUGCGAAGUAUCAGCGCCACAUACGGAUAGACAAAUUCCACCGAAAAGUCAACUGGUACUGGAAUUACACGUGAAGGAAUGCAGUGGCGUAAAUUUUCUAGAACACGUUCAAGCUAAAGUAUCCUUAAUGGCCUUCAGACGCGGUGACCUCCAAAUUCAGUUGACCUCGCCACAAGGCACCAAAAGCACCUUACUGGCAAAGAGGCCGCAUGACAUAUCGAAAGCUGGCUUCAUGCAAUGGCCGUUCAUGUCCGUUCAUACUUGGGGUGAACGGCCUCAUGGAACGUGGAAGUUAGAAAUUCAUAACGAAGGUCGCUAUCUAGGUCGCGCAACUCUUCACGAAUGGGCUCUAAUCUUCCAUGGUACCUCGACGUUGCCUGAUCGUACGGAAUACGCUCUCUACAAUCCGGCAGUGAUAAACGUGCCACGCCGGCCGUUCCUAAAGCCACGCGAAACGACGUACACGCGAAGCCAAAACGCUUUGGGACCGACGAAGAGCAGGCAAAAUUUUGGUACGGCCCAAAGUCAACGUAAGAAUAAAUCCAGGGGCCCACAUAAGAAUAAAUCGGCAAACCGCGCAACGCCGAAGCCGACAAUCCAAACUCUGAGGGGACUUACAGCUGCCAGAGGGCCCAAUGCGGGUGACGUUAGGUACGUUACGUCGAGGCCCAAAAUUCGAACCACCUUGGGACCACUCCCGAGCAGCUCGAGAACCACCAUCAAGCCAAACCCUACCGUUUCCUCCCAACAACGGGGCAUCAUACUCAUGGAACCGGUCAAAACUGCCACCGACAAUGUUCCUGCGAUUUUUCAACAUUACGAUAAGAUACAACAGCUUUAUCCUUUGUAUCCUGUUUACGGAGCUGGCGUCAGAGGCGCCGGUCAGCAGUACUCAACGAGAGCCAAAGGUCCUGAUCUUCUUCAGGACGAACAAUUCGGCACCAAGAGUCAUCAUCUCGAUAAGGAUACGUUGAAGGAGUGGAAAAUGGUCCUAUACGGUACCGACACGUCCUUGGAAAUUGGCGAUGAUUUGGAUAAAGGCAAAGUGGGAAUAAUCCGGGACGAAGUGCAGGACAAUGCAGCUGUGGACGCACGUCAGAAUGUCGUUGACACUGAAGGCGAUCCCUGGACCGGAAGUCAACAGGUCGAUCGUGUUUCCCAUCCGGAAGUUCAGCGACCAACCACCGAGAAUCAAACAAGUGGUGGUGGAUGUGCUGUCUACGAUGGUCGACAGUGCCUAGUUCUCUUGGUCCAGCAAUGCAGGUUGCCAAACGCACUGAGGCUCCAGUGUCUUCGUGGUGGCGGUGCAGAAUUUCUCAGACCAGCUACCACCACAACCAUCACCAACUACUACCAACUACCAACCAUCACCAACUAUCACGACCACAUCCUCAUCCAAACACCAUCUGCAACCAAUACGAACCCAUUCCUGAAAAUUGCUUCACCAGCACGAAUGCAAUUCCGGCUGGUAUAUAUACCAAGGAAAUUGUUCUCGCCGCUGUCCAGUUGGAAGCUAUGCCACUUUCACGGAAACCAACACGGAAUGUGCAUCCUGUCACUACUCAUGUGCAAGCUGCAUCGGUCCUGCAAACGACCAGUGCACAUCCUGUCACGAGGAUGCAAGCUUUUUAUCGGAAACUUCAACUGUAUCCCAGUGUGUUCUCACGACAAUAGCCCGGAGAGUCAGGACUACCAGUUGGUACUACUGGAUGUGUAUUUUGCUGGUAGUAAAUUUAGUAAUAUUUACUAGCGUAGUUAUGUACCGAUGUGUAUUGGUAAUUCAGAAGAGGAGGCAAGUGAGCAAAUUUUAUUCCUAUACGAAAGUUGCCUUUUCACCGAGUGAUGACACGACCAAAGAUAGUGACAGUGUGAAAACGGAAUUGAUGAACUAUGAAAGCGAAUGAAAUCUCCGAAGUUUUUGAUUCUUCGUUAAUCCGUUAUUGUAUAUCACCCACAUUGAUAAGAGUGAUUAUAAUGAUACUAUAAAACGGGUAAUCCUAUGUAGACACACAUUCUUUUUUUAGUACGUUAGGAUUAUAAUUUGAGACCAGACGAAUUCACGCCCCUACAACUUUGGCUAGUGCGGAGUGGUCGUUUUUUUUCCUCCAUUAAAUCAGGAAUAGAGCCAGGGAAACGUGGAUAAAGGUGAAAACCUAGGGAAUUUCAUCCUGGGGAGCUAUCAGCGUGGAAAGAGAACUUUUUUCUUUGAAAAGCUCAGCAUUCAGAAUAUCUGAAAAUUUCGGAGAGACUCUCGGACCCGGAUGAGUGUAGAAGUAAUUUAAAAAAAUGAUAUUUGGAGAAUUGUGAUCUUGUAAUUUAGACAAUAACUAGCUAAUUCAUUCAAGAUGAAAAUUACGUUUAGUUCUGUAAUCAAAAUGAAUGACAAACAUAAGUUUUCUGAAUAUAAAUACAUAUGUUUUCUAAAUAAACUAUAAUACCAUUAGAAGAUUUGUUUCUAGACAAUUAUAACUAGGAUGAACCAAAUUGAUUACAGAAUUAAAACGAGCCUGUACACAACAAAUAAAUAAAUAUUUAAAUGAAUACGUAUCCAAAUUAUAUGAUUGUUACACGUUUAUAAGCAAAGGUGCACGAAGCUGUAAUUAGUUGAGACUGUCUACUAGUUUUUAAUCUGUGAAUCAUGCCAUUCCAUGAUAAUGUCGGUAAUGUGACAAUGUUUAAUAUUAAUUGUUAUUUUAUUUAGUAUUUAUUAUAAUCCUAAAUAUUUUUAGUGGUGCUUAAGAAAAAAUAAAAAUAAUUUAAAUAA